GAGAAAAUGGCGGCUCGUCCUCCAAUAGUCACAAUCAUGGGUCAUGUUGACCACGGCAAGACGACGCUACUGGACGCAUUGAGAAAGACCAACGUGGUGGCCCAGGAGUUUGGAGGUAUCACGCAACACAUUGGAGCCUUUUCCGGUUGCAAGAAAAUCACUUCCAACAAUGUGAUUACAUUUUUGGACACGCCGGGCCAUGCAGCUUUCUCAUCAAUGCGCGCUCGUGGAGCCAUGGUAACUGAUAUUGUAGUUCUGGUUGUUGCCGCUGAUGAUGGAGUCAUGAAACAAACGCUGGAAUCGCUGAGGUUCGCCAGAGACGCCAACGUUCCAAUUAUUGUGGCGAUCAACAAAAUUGACAAACCAAACAUCGAUCUAGCAAGUACCAAGAGGUCAUUAUUGAAUAGCGGUAUUCAGCUGGAAGAAUUUGGCGGGGAUGUGCAAUUGGUGCUGAUAUCUGCUUUGAAGGGUUUGAACUUGGACAAGUUGCAGGAAUGCAUCCUCGCCCAAGCUGAGAUGAUGGAUUUGAAAGCUGAUCCAACGUGUCAUGUGCAGGCUGUUUGCAUUGAAUCCAGGACUGACCCUGGCAGAGGAAAGUUAUCAACGCUAUUGAUCCAGCAAGGCAGUCUGAAGCGAGGGGACAUCUUAGUGGGUGGUAGUGCGUGGGCUAAGGUACGAGGCAUGUUUAAUGAUCAAGGCAAGCCAGUUGAAAAGGCAGAACCAGGUCAACCAGUUGAAGUCAUUGGAUGGAGGACUCUGGCUCCUGCUGGACAAAAUAUCAUCCAAGUUGAUUGUGAGCAAGAUGCAAAAAAAUUGAUUGAAAAAUAUAGUGAAGAAGAAAAUGAGAAAAAAAUUAACAUGGAUAAUGAGGUCAUUCAGAAGAAAAUGGAGCUACAUAGGGAGUUUUACAACGAGCUGAGAAAAAAAAAGUUGGAGCUGGGGCGAAGAAUGGGAUCAAUUUAUAGAGCAGGUAGGUCUAAAGAGAGCCAGACUGAUAACGGUGUACCCAAACUUGACAUAAUCAUUAAAGGUGAUGUGGAUGGAUCUGUUGAAGCGAUAUUGGACGUGGUCGAGACCUACUCAUGCUCGGAUCAAUGCAAACUGAAUGUAAUCAACUAUGGCGUGGGAGCUGUUACCGAAAAUGAUGUCCAGAUGGCGCAGAUGUUUGAUGGAAUUAUCUACACAUUCAACAUCGAGACGCCUGACAGCAUAUUGAGUUUAGCAAAAGAACAAGGGGUAAAAAUCCUCAAUUACAACAUCAUUUACCGACUUUUUGCUGAUCUUAUAAAACAGUUGAAUAACAAGUUGCCUGAAAUCGAAGAUGAAGAAGUCAUAGGAGAGGCAAAUGUUCUAGCAAAUUUUUCUGUAACGGAAGGAAAGAAAAAGGUUUGGGUUGCUGGAUGUCGAUGUGUCAAAGGUCAGCUCGUUAAGAAGAAACAAUUCAAACUUGUCAGGAACGGACAAACAAUUUUAGAAGGCUCACUAGGAUCUCUGAAGCAUUUUAAAAAUGAAGUUGAUUCAAUAAAAACAGACACGGAGUGUGGACUGAGUUUCGAUGACCAACAAGAAUGUCCGUGCGCUGGAGAUCGAAUCGUAUGUUACGAUAAAGUUGGAAAAAAACAAAACAUUAAAUGGAACUUAGAUUUUAUUUAAAAGUUAAAAUUUAUUUAAAUUUUUGUAAAAAUUCAAUCUAGUUUUCGUAACGGUAUGACAUUUUUGUUGUAUAAUUCAUGAAAAGUGAAUGAUAGCAAAUUUAAAAAUUUAUGUUA